GUUCCCCGAACUUUGACUUGGCCAUUGGGGAUCAAAGGUGUUCUCGUUUGCCAGUGUUAAUGCGAAAGCCAAGCGGUGAGGCCAACAAGCAGGCCGAGAAGACAUUUCUGACAUUUAAUAUUUUAAUGGCCUUCAACACCUCGAUCGGGAAUGGAUUUUAUGGCUGGUAGUGAUAAGCAGAAUCAAAAGGAAUGUGACUGUAUUUUACUUUACCUGCGUAUGUUUGUGACCUCCGUUAUGGAAUGAAAACGACAGCUUUCAUAUCUGUUAAAGAUGAGCCCAUCAAUAAUUAUCUCUCGUUAUCAUAGAAUUCCACAAGAAGCUGGAUUUGGGAGAUAAUGUCCUCAUCGUAUUGUUUGAUCUAUAAAAAGGCUCUUCUUGGGUUCCCCAAGCAAUUGCCCGGCUCGCCAACUUGAAACCCACACCAAUUAGCAACGGAAGCAAAAAACUGAACUUCAUUCAUUAAAGAAGAAUCCCAGCCCUCAUUCCUCGUCAAAGAAAGGAUGUGGGAUGAGUAACGGCCUUUUCCUCGAUGAAAGUCGGUUCCAAUUUUGGACCCUGCCUUUUCCCAUCGCAUCUUGAUGCUGCAAAACGGCCCUCGUUCGUCCGAGUAUAAAAGGCUGAUGGCCUUGAUUUCUUGGUGUCAAUCUCCAUUGACUCAUCGUGAACGACAAACGGAUUUGUGGGUUCUAAUUUGGCAGUGCUGGGAGUAACUUUGUGACAUGAGCCAACAACAGUGGCUGAAUAAUGGAGUGUUCCCAAUGUUAAAUACGGACAAUGCCUCGAGAUUUUGCUUGAUUACCCUCCUGUGCCUCAUCAGCUUCUCCAAUUCGGCCACGUCUUACUCGCUUUAUGCCCAUCCCCGAGGCAGUCUACCCAAUCGCCAUGCUCGAGUUCCAAUUCCAAUCCAACGUGGUCCACAUGCGGCACCUUCUUUUGCACCGUUUUUCCAGCGUCUCACUCAACGGCAAAUCCGUGGAUCGAGCAAUCCAUACCAAGCCUCCAUUCAAAGCCGGAGUCUUCCUAUUGAAGUGAACGUACCUCAGAUGGAAGACGAAUCUCCCUCGGCGAGCAUCGAGGGUUCCAAGAUGCCGGUCGAUCCAGGUCAAUUUGAAAAGGAGUCCUUGGAGUGGAACAUGGCCAUGAUUAAGUACCUACUGGCCUUAAAGGGUUCAGAUCACGCCGGACCUCAUAAUCAACAUCCGGUGGUCAGUCGGGCGGUUGAUGAUAUGGGACUGAAUCAACACGAAAUUGAGGUUCCGCCACCGCCGACGGUCCCAGUCAUCUGUAAGAUGGAACCCUUUAAUAUUUGCUAUCGAGUCAAUGAUCGAGACCAGAGCGUUCAUACGGUGGGAAAUCGGAGGCCGGUCCGAUUGCUCCGAGUGUAUUGAUGACCUCCAGUCUGCUCCCUCUCCUCGGAUUUUUAUAUGACGAAUGAGAAAUCAUAUUUCUUGAUACCUACGUUGAUUCUCUGUUUUACGGUGUUUUAUGAUGUGCUGGCAUAAGCGAUCUCAUUGACCAGUGCAUUUUCAAGGCCCGACAAGUAUGUACAGGAUUAUAUCUGUAAUCUACGAUGUAUCGAGGAAGGCUUUAAUAUUAACAUUGUUACGAUUGCAAACCUAACGGGAUAUUGCUUCGGACGAAGUAUUGUUUGCCUGCUGAAGUCCUAUUCGUCAUUUGGGUUCAAAUUUAUUCUAAAAGACGACGAGAAUAGGCACUCACAAAGCAAAGAGUAUUGGCGUAUUUCGUAGGGAUGAUUUGACAUGGUUUAUCUCCACACUUGUACAUACAAACAUACCUUGCUCUACUGCUGUUGAUACCAGAGUCGGUUUAUCUUCAACUCAAAACUAUUCCAAACAGAACAUUUCUUCAAUCAAAUCAUGGUUUCCACAUUGGAUGAAAUAUAAUUUUGAUGUCAUUGUUACAAACCCAAACGAUUCUUUGCGGGUCCUUUGACUGACUUGGACGUGGUUCGGAACAUCACUAUUUCAUCUGGACAACAGCAACUAUCUUACAGCAUUCCGUACAUUUUGGAUGAUGCGCAUUUUAGCCAUGACGUCAGGCACUUUGGAUACGCCUUCAUAAAUUUUACUUAUCCCCUCCGAAAUCCU